AUGCCUUUCGCAAAUGCCUCCACCCUCCGCUACUCUCUCCGCCGCAACCACGGCGCCGAUCAACUCCUCCAACUCCGCCUGGGCUAUUCCAGCCGUCUCAUCUCUCGAUCGCCGUCCGCGGGCCUUCCCUACGACAUCCUGGAAGAAACUCCCUCGACUCCAAUGGCGGAUGCUCUGUUUCCUCUGCCUCUACGAGAGCUGGAAGAUCCGUUAUUCUGCCACGCUUACUUGGUUGAAUUGGUGUCCUCCUUCAACCUCGGCUCUGUGACGUGGAACCCCAUUGUCCAGAAGAUCACGUCGUUCGUCACACAGUGGGCUGCCGUAGACUAUGAUGCGAAGUUCCAAUUGGUGGCGGACAUUGAUUACAUUCAAAUGUUUUGGAUGGAGAAGCACCGGGGUUCAGUUGGGCGAGGUGUAAUGGUGGAGGAGAGGGUGGUUCUGGAGGAAACUGGAGUGGCGGCGGCGGAAAAGCAGGGAAUUGGGGGAGAAGAGUGCAGUGUGUGCUACGAAAGCUAUGAAGCAGAGAAGGGGGGAGAGAAAGAGGUGGCUAAAAUCCCAUGUGGUCAUGCGUUUCACAAAUCAUGCAUCCUCACCUGGUUUCAAAGGAGCAAUUCAUGCCCUUUGUGUAGAGCCAAAUUAUAG